UCUACACAGCAAGUAAUGGAGAAUCUGCUAACGAAUCGAGACACUGCUUUACACACCUUUUCCACCUGCUUCUUCCGUAUCAUCAGCCCCGUCGUACAGUCAUUGCUAUCAUGACAGACAACCCAACCCAUAGACUUGACCUCCGUGUCGGUGGAAAGUACAGGCUCGGCAAGAAGAUAGGCUCGGGCUCAUUCGGUGACAUCUAUCUCGGAAUCAACAUCAUCUCCGGCGAAGAAGUGGCCAUCAAGCUCGAGUCUGUCAAAGCAAAGCACCCUCAGUUGGAGUACGAGUCCAAAGUUUACAAGACUCUGGCCGGCGGUGUCGGCGUUCCGUUUGUCAGGUGGUUCGGCACAGAGUGUGACUACAACGCGAUGGUCUUGGACUUGCUCGGUCCGUCCCUCGAGGACCUCUUCAACUUUUGCAGCCGCAAGUUUAGCCUUAAGACCGUGCUGUUACUGGCUGACCAGUUGAUCUCUCGUAUCGAGUAUAUUCAUUCUCGCAAUUUUAUCCAUCGCGACAUCAAGCCCGACAACUUCUUGAUGGGGAUCGGGAAACGAGGCAACCAAGUCAACAUUAUUGAUUUUGGUCUUGCAAAGAAGUACCGUGACCCCAAGACUCAUCUGCACAUCCCGUAUAGGGAGAACAAGAACCUCACAGGGACCGCCCGCUAUACUUCGAUCAACACUCACUUGGGCGUCGAACAGGCCCGCCGGGAUGACCUGGAGUCCCUUGCUUACGUGCUCAUGUAUUUCCUCCGUGGUGCACUUCCCUGGCAGGGCCUCAAGGCUGCCACCAAGAAGCAGAAGUACGAUCGUAUCAUGGAGAAGAAGAUGACUACUCCCACGGACUUGCUGUGCCGCGGCUUCCCUAAUGAAUUUGGCAUAUUCCUCAAUUACACUCGUGCACUUCGGUUCGACGACAAGCCCGAUUAUUCCUACCUCCGCAAGCUCUUCCGUGACCUCUUCGUUCGCGAGGGCUUCCAGUAUGACUACGUCUUCGACUGGAGCGUUCAGCGCGGCGCUCCCGAGGACGGUAGUGCCGGCACGAGUCAGAAGGCGAGCGCUGGCAGAAGAAAGGUGGUCCAAGAAGAAGAAGACCACCGUGCCAGUGACAGGAUGCUUCGUUCGCAGACCCGUCAGCUGCAAGCCAAUGCUGCUGGUACUGUAGGCCAACAACGUGGUGCAACUCGUGGAAGGGAAGGUGAUAUUUGGUAAUGGACAUGCUCAUACUUUCUGAUUUGCGCGGGGCACGCCCUGGGUGCGACCGAGAUUGGGGGCGGAGGGAAGUGGUGAGGUUACUCGGUUGCGGUUGGUCAAAGUUUGCAGUUGGGAUGGCGGACCCGG